UCAUCCUAUCCUCUAUCUAUGAAAUUCAAGAGUUUCCCUUCGUAGAACAGAAGAGAGGAAUAAAAAAUAAUUAGAAAAAGAACUGCUUGAGGUGGAAGGAAAUCAGAAACGUAUUCGUUUCCAUUUUCCCAUCACCAUUUUCAAUCCUUUGAACUGCCUUUUCAAUCAAUCACCGACCCUUUCGCCCUUUUCACUUUGUUUAUUGUUUUGUCAAGGACAGAAUCAUCUCUUCGUUUGGAUAUCUGGGUACCUUGUUUCUUGAAGUUCUUGGCUGGACUCUGCUUUGUGUUGUCUACUACGAGAACUGGUUGGCUCGCGAGUAUUGGUGCUCUAGUUGUGCAAGAUUCUGAGUUGAAACCGUUAAAAGAAGGUGCCCAGAGUGUGACUUCGUUGGAUCUGCGAUUGAGUUUUAGAGGAUUUGUUGCUAGUGGGGAGCAGACGAUUGUUCUAAACUUUUUUAUAAUUUUCUUUUGACUCUCCUAAAACGUAGUGAGGUUCAAGAACAACUAGUUCUGUGACUGUGGUCACUUCUUUCUUUCGUCCCCAUUUUCUGCAGAUGGUGAUGAUAUAUUUCUGAGAAGGGUCCUAUAUUUUUGUGCAGAUCGGUUUAUUUUUUACUUCAAAGGGAUAUAAAUGGCAAGCAUCGCGGACAUAGGAGUUGGGGCAACCAUAAACAUUCUUAGUGCCCUUGCUUUCUUUCUAGUAUUUGCUUUACUUCGGAUACAGCCAGUGAACGACCGGGUAUACUUUCCCAAAUGGUACAUUAAAGGCUUAAGAGGAAGCCCAUUGUCCAGUGGUGCAAUUGUAGGCAGAAUUGUCAAUUUGGAUUUCAGAUCAUACUUGAAGUUUCUGAACUGGAUGGUUGCAGCUCUGCGAAUGCCAGAACCCGAGUUAAUUGAUCACGCUGGGCUCGAUUCUGCGGUUUACCUGAGGAUUUACUUGUUGGGGCUCAAAAUUUUUGUGCCCAUUGCAUGUCUGGCCUUCGCAAUCAUGGUACCUGUUAAUUGGACAAAUGGAACUUUGGAGGGUUCUUCUUUAAAUUACAGCAAUAUAGACAAGCUUUCCAUUUCUAACAUUCCUAUUGGAUCACGUAGAUUCUGGACCCAUUUGGUCAUGGCUUAUGUCUUUACCUUUUGGACUUGCUAUGUGUUAAGAAGGGAGUAUGAGAUUGUUGCGUCAAUGAGGCUGCACUUUCUUGCAUCUGAAAAUCGGCGUCCAGAUCAGUUCACGGUGAUUGUUAGAAAUGUACCACCAGACCCUGAUGAAUCAGUUAGCGAGCUCGUUGAACAUUUUUUCCUGGUCAAUCAUCCUGAACAUUAUCUGACUCAUCAGAUUGUAUAUGAUGCAAAUAAACUCGCUAAGUUGGUGGAGGAGAAGAAAAAGAUGCAGAAUUGGCUGGAUUUCUACCAACUUAAAUAUUCUCGAAACCAAUCUGUGAGGGCAACCGUAAAGACCGGUUUUCUAGGUCUUUGGGGAGAUCGGGUCGAUGCCAUAAAUUAUUAUUCGUCCAAAAUUGAAAGCCUAUCAAAAGAAAUAUCACUGGAGGCGGAUAAGACAGUUCACGAUCCUAAAUCGAUCAUGCCAGCAGCUUUUGUUUCUUUCAGAUCGCGGUGGGGUGCUGCUGUUUGUGCACAAACUCAACAAUCAAGAAAUCCAACCAUUUGGUUGACAGAAUGGGCUCCCGAGCCCCGUGACGUGUACUGGGAUAACUUGGCGAUUCCUUUUGUUUCACUGGCAAUCAGGAGACUUAUUGCAGGAGUUGCCUUCUUCUUCCUUACCUUCUUUUUCAUGAUCCCCAUUGCAUUGGUUCAGUCCCUUGCAAACAUUGAGGGAAUAGAGAAAAUGGUUCCCUUCCUCAAACCCAUAAUUGAAUUGAAAUUCAUAAAGUCGAUUAUCCAAGGUUUUCUUCCCGGAAUCGUUUUGAAGAUUUUUCUCAUCUUUCUGCCUUCAAUUCUGAUGUUGAUGUCUAAAUUUGAAGGCUUUAUUAGUCUGUCGUCUCUAGAGAGACGAUCUGCCACGAAAUAUUACAUAUUCCUAUUUGUCAACGUGUUUCUCGGCAGUAUAAUUACGGGAACUGCGUUCCAACAACUUAAUAACUUCCUCCAUCAGUCUGCAAAUGAGAUUCCAAAGACGAUCGGUGUCUCCAUCCCCAUGAAGGCAACCUUCUUUAUUACCUACAUAAUGGUGGAUGGUUGGGCUGGAAUUGCUGCCGAGAUUCUUAGACUUAGGCCUUUGAUAAUUUACCACCUUAGAAACUUCUUCUUGGUGAAGACCGAAAAGGAUAGAGAAGAAGCCAUGGAUCCAGGAACUCUUGAGUUCAACACGGGCGAACCGCGAAUUCAGCUUUAUUUCUUACUCGGCCUGGUUUAUGCUGUAGUCACGCCUCUUCUCCUUCCAUUCAUUGUAGUAUUCUUUGGAUUGGCAUACAUCGUCUACCGCCAUCAGAUCAUAAAUGUGUACAAUCAAGAGUACGAGAGUGGUGCAGCAUUCUGGCCCGAUGUCCACGGGCGCAUCAUUGUCGCGUUAGUUGUUUCGCAGCUAUUGCUAAUGGGACUACUCAGUACAAAAGAAGCUGCUCAAUCAACUCCCUUGCUCAUCACACUGCCAAUCUUGACUCUAUGGUUUCAUUUUUUCUGUAAAGGCCGUUACGAACCGGCUUUCGUUCGAUAUCCGUUACAGGAAGCAAUGAUGAAAGAUACAUUGGAGCGAACAAGGGAACCAAACUUGAACUUGAAAGGAUUCCUUCAAGAUGCAUACGUCCAUCCCGUUUUCAAGCACGAUGAAGACGAGAUCGAAAUUGAAACGGCUUCUGAAGAUUGGCAGCAGGAGCCAGCAUUGGUGCCGACAAAACGCCAGUCACGAAGAAAUACGCCAUUGCCAAGCAAGCACAGCGGUCCCUUAUCGUCUUCACAUUCUGAAGUUGAUAGACAAGUUUCAUAACAUUCAGAAAUAGUGAAACAUGGGCUUGUUUUUAAAUGGGUGUAAAUUUCACUAGGGAAGAAGGGGGUGGGACUGUAAAUGAUGAGGCAAAAGUUAGGAUAGAUGUUGAGAUUUCAGAGAAGUAGGAUUUUUUAAAUUAAUUUCUUAUAUAGUGAAUUUGGAAUAACAAAGUGGUAAUUUGAUUUUGAAGGCACA